AUGACUCUCUCGGGAGAGAACAUCAUCCAGAGACAUGAAUUGUUGAAGAACCCAGGGAAUGAAUGCCCGCCCACUCUCACUCACUCACCGACUGACCGACAAGCAAAAAAGGGACCAAUACUCCGUACACCGGCCUACAUCAUUGGCAUCGUUGGGCCCAAGCACACUCACACUGCACCGCGGACGUCUGAUGGUGGAGCCCGCGCCCAAGCCUGCGCGCAGACGGAGUUCAAGGUUGCAGACAGACUGGACCACCUCAGACCGUUCGUUCACUGCGUCCAGACCGCCGUCCACGGUCCGCAGAUUCCACGCACCUCACACACACCCGGCUCACUAUGUACACCCAGCCCAGCUUGCUUGGAGCACAUCGCAGCCCAGCCCAGCGCGACGUUGGACGCUGGUGUCGCCGAACCAGGGACGGUCCCGUCACCGUCAGUUCAGGUCAAGUCAAAUUGGGCCGGGACCAUCUGCGCCAGCAACCACCUUCAGACCAAUACACCUCACACUUCAGAGGUAACGACGGACGACUUUUGCGCCGCCCACCUUCCCACACCCCCGACCCCAGCAAUUAUUUCUCUGCCACUCGCGCGCAAUAAUUUUUGGGGGUUCCCGCCGCUCAAUUCUCGUCCCUCAUCUUUUUCUUCCUCUUUUUUUUCCAACAAACCUCUCCUUCCUACCUUCUUCCUGUUGUUCGAAUCUCGAAUCCUCACCUGCCCUUUCUUUCACAUUGUUCCUGCCGACGACGAGGCACUCGCUCCGAACCGAGUAAUUCUAAUUGCCCCUCUUUCGAAAAGAAGCAGCCCUCACAUCCAUCACAAUGGGCACUUACAAGUUUACCUGACUCUGAGUCUCAAGACCCUUACAUGGAAAUCACUACUGGAAUGCGACGGAAUCCCAAUGCCCCUCCUUGCAUUGCUGCUCUACCGUCCGGCGCUUGGAAACGGCGGCCCCGUCCGCGGCGACCUCACCACCAUUGGCACCGUUCGCAUCGUCUCCAGCGAAAAAGCAAGCCUCCCAGUUGGAUCAAAAACCUUGCUAACCUUUGCGUCCCACUAUAGGGCUCACCCGGCCGAGGAGGUCUACGUUACCGGCACUUUCGACAACUGGACUAAGAGCGAGAAGUUGGAAAAGGUCGGCAGCUCUUUCGAGAAGACCGUCACACUCGCCGACGCAUCGGAAAAGAUCUACUAUAAGGUUCGUACCGGCCAAUUCAGGCGCUUUCUCUUCUGGAGGGGCAGCGACGACAGCAGUACCAGCAGCACCAGCAGCACAGGCGGCGGAGUCGAUAGAGGGUUGGAUGAGACCGUGAACAAGGGCUCCGAUCGAAAGCAGCAACGCCGCAUCGCUCAGCCCGCGACAGCAUCCGUGCGCCCAUCCAGGUCCCUUGUCCCAUCAAUCGCAAUCGCUGUUCCCCCGUCUUGGAGGGGGAAGAAGGGAAGGGCUGGGCUGCCAGGCCAUUUACUGGUGGAAGCUUCUCCCCAGCUCCAGGGCAGCUCUGGUUCCAGCUUCCCCGAUCGGGCUUUUAUCACCAUCUCGCAAUUUGGCGUGUCCAGGCCCUUGGCCCUCACGCAAUUUGCUUCGCGCUCCGCUGAGCCACACAAAUUCUGCUGGGGUCUUUUUCGGUCUUCUCUCGACUCUUCUCACUAUUGCCCCUACGGCCACAUUGCGUUGUCGGCUUAUUUCGCGCUAACGCCGCUGCUUUCCCGUUGGGGUUUUCUGCUCUGUCUGCUUUUCCCCGGCGUAUUGCCUGCGCAGUCGGGGCUGCAAAACAUAUCCCAGACUGGAGCUGCACAUGGCUGUAAUGGUUCUUGCAGCAGCUUACUGCGGCAGAAGCACAGCAGCGGCGUGGUGGGCAAUUGGCAAGAUUGGCUGGCGGAUCCCGAGCAGAGCGGCGGGUUGGGGGCUCCGCUUUUCCACAGGUCCAAAAAAGCAAUGAACAAGGUUUUCCAGGGUCCCCCAUGUGAGCAUGGUCGCGUUCGCAGCUGCGUGUGGCCUUUUCGCAAAUUGCGACGCAAGAAAGAAGAGAGACACCGGAGAGCGGCAGGAUCCAGCACCAGCAGCCACCAAGGACCAUGGCACCUUUCAUCACACAACAAUGUGCCAAAAUGUCUAGCAACUUCGGGGCUAGCCUUCCAGACUAGGUGCCACCAAACACGGCGCACUCACCUGGAUACACCCCAAGGCACCCAGGGUACACAAGGACAAGCACCACCAAGGUCACCACCACCCAGCCGUGCUAGCCCAGGCCAGGAACCAACAGCCAUGCCCGCGGCCAAGGAACAAGCGGCAGCGCACAGCGCCAGGAACCACCGCCUUCCAAUUUGCCUGGAUUCUUGGACCCAUUACACCACCGCUUUUGUCGUCGACAACAACUGGAUCACAGACCACACUGCCCCUCAAGAACCUGAUCACGAGGGCAACGUAAACAACUUUCUCACUCCCGAUCAAAUCGUUAAGGAGGAUACCACCGCCGCAGUCAUGAACACUGUUACUCCCGAAUCUACCACCGCCGCCUUGGCUAAGGACGUGCCUCUCGAGAACAAGGAGGAGCUCCCCCAGGCUACCCCCUCCGACAUUCCCGGCGGCUUCCCCGUCACCCCCGCCAACGAGCUUGACAAGUUCAUUGGUGUGAACCCUAUCCCCGCCCAAGAUGUUACCGCUGAGCCCGUAACCGUCGCACCUGGCGAACCCCUCCCCGCGUCUGUCAAGGCUGGCGAUAUCAACGAGCACGUCAAGCUUGACAAGGAGGGUUAUGAGGACUCUAGCGCUCUGCCCGGCCUCUCCAAGGAGGAGACCACCGUCCCUGAGGUUACCAGCAACACGAUCCCCGAGUCCAGCUUGCCCAUUGCGACCGCGGAUGCCACCAUCAACAGCGCCGCACCCACAUCCACCACCGCUGCUCUGGCCGCCGAGGUUCCUCUCGAGACCAAGACUGCCGAGGUUCCCGAGAUUGUCAAGGAGAGCCAAGAGAAGGCCCACGCCGAGCCUGAGGCCAGCGCAAACCCCGAGGCCGUCCAGGAGAAAGCCGUUGUUGAGGACGAGCUCCUCGAGAAGGUCCCCACCGCUCCCUCGACUUCUGAGGGCACCGCCGGAUUCGGCACUCAGAAGACUGAGGCCGCUGGCGUCGUCGUUGCCACCGCUGCCACUAUUGGUGGUCUCGCCGCUGCCGCCGCCAUCAACGCCAAGGACACUGUCGUCGAGGCUGCUGCUCCUCACGUUGAGCAGGCUACCGUUGCCGCCACUGACGCCGCUGCUCAGCUCCCCGAGCCCGUCAAGGAGAGCCUGCCUGUGAGCGUUCAGGAGGCCAUCGGCGGUCAGACCAAGGAAGAGACCCGUGAGGAGGUCGCUCCCGAGGUUCCCACCGUCGUCAAGGAGUCUAUCGCCGAGGCCGGCAAGAGCCCCGAGGCUGCCGCCACCACCGAGGCUGUCAUCGAGAAGAAGGAGGUCGAGGCUGAGCUCCUCAAGGAGGUCAAGCCUAUCCCCGCCGUCGGUGAGGAGACCAAGGUCGAGGCCGAGAAGCCCAAGGUUGAGGCUGCCAAGGAGGAGGUCAAGGAGACCAAGGAAGAAGUCAAGGAGGGCGAGAAGACCAAGACUGAGGCCGUCAAGGAGGAGGCUAAGCUCGCUAAGGAGGAGGUUAAGGCUGCUGUCACCAAGGAUGACUCUACAAAGGAGGCUAACGGUGCCAACGGUGUUCACACAACCGCCAACGGUGCCAACGGCGCCAGCCUCACCUCCACCAAGGAGCCCGAAGUUCCCACCACCCCUGCCAAGGCCCCGUCCUCCGUUCCCGAGUCAACGACACCAAGCAAUACAAAGGCCACCGAGAGCCCUUCGGGCACCGAGAAGAAGAAGAAGAACCGCCUGAGUGCCUUCAUCGGCAAGCUCAAGGCCAAGUUUUGCUCCUUUUGUUGGUACUUCACACGGCUCAUCUGCAUCGGACUAUCCUGCUAUCUCCUGCUGCUGACUGACGUUAUGGAUGAAGCCGUUGCCACAGAAGAGAGAUUAAUAAGCACAGGUGUACUGCACGUCAAACGAAACAACUCAAUCGAUGCACGCAAGAGACCUGGAGUCGUGACUGGCACCGACGGAGGCGACCGACCGAGUCACGUGAUGAUUCCAGCCGUUCGGACAACCCAGUACGUACUUCCAGGUGCCGAGCUUUCCCUCAAGAGCCUGCGGCAUCCUCUCGACAUCCGAUUACCUGAUCCCCACCCGUCACUAAUGGGCACCUCAGCCGAAGCGUUCAAAUUUCUUUUGCCUCUCUCCUCCUCGAUAUACUUGUUUUUUUCAGAUAGCCUUGGGUCAGUUGGCCUGCAGUGGCAACCUCCGAUCCGUCCUUUCGUUCCCUUCGCUCGCGCCGCAUUGCAUCACGACAUUGGCCACAGGGGGCUGAUCGAAUCGAUCAAAGCUUCCGCCAGCGGACAAGCUGUUGCGUCACGUUCCCUUACGAUAUCCGGGUACCCGAAUAUGAGCUCGACUUCGUCAAACUUGGGCAAGUCCCUUUCAGCAUCGACUUCCCAUUCGCCUUCGAUCCAGCCUGGUCCCGUCACCGCGAGUUUCGAAUCCAACCGCCGGCCCUCCCAACCCAGUCCUUCAUUCCCACACGCAACCCCCCGGAAGGGUCAGGGCUCUCGGAAGCAACACAAAAUGCAGCGAAGACCGGGACUUGGCGACGCCAGACACGCGAACCCAGACGAUGACGAUGCUAUGGCCGAGAUACGGGCUAUAGGGAAUGCCAACAGUCGACGAGGUCAAACCUCAAUUACACACCUUCUGAACUACAGCCGUCCGCCGACUGCUUACGCGGAUCAUCAUUCUUAUGCUCGGAAUUAUAGACGGAAUCCGACUUGGGGACCUGGCUCGGGACACCAUGCCGUAGACAAGGCGAGAUACGUGCAUGCGAAUUACAGAUUUGUCGUCUCACCGGAAGGCAAUUACGCCAGCCAAGCGGCUGACGCCGAUGUUCAUAUCGAUUGGAACAACGUCCUGCAGAUUUUGGCCUCAUCCGAAUCGCAGGGGGCUAGUUGCCCGAUCUGUCUGUCCGAGCCGGUGGCGCCACGAAUGGCAAAGUGCGGUCACAUUUUCUGCCUUCCAUGUCUGAUUCGGUUUAUGAACUCGACAGAUGAGGACUCGAAGCAUGGAAAAGGUGCAAGGUGGAAGAAAUGUCCGCUCUGCGAAGACAGCGUCUACCUUCACGAGACGCGGCCUGUGCGUUUCUAUGCGGGCCAGGAGAGCCCUCUGCCGCGAGUUGGCGAUGACGUUGUCCUACGUCUCAUGGCCCGGACAGCCAAAUCAACCCUCGCAUUGCCCUGGGAAAAUGGCUCUGACGCGCUCAAUGUGUCGGACGACGUGCCCUGGCACUUUGCAGCCAAUGUUCUGGAUUAUGCCAGGAUCAUGAAGGGAACUGGAGACUACAUGUUGGAGCAAUUCAACGAAGAGAUUGAGGCGCUGCGGAAACAGGGAACCGAGGAUCAACUUCUUUACCACGACGACGAUGAAUGGACCAAGAAGGCGAUCCGGGCCAUUGAUGCGGCGAAGGAGAAGGUCCAAGACCUCGGCAGGAACGAUUCCAUGCUGCCAAAUAAGAAGCUGGGCAACCAGAACAAGACCGUUCAACCUGACUUCUACUUCUACUCAUCACAGCCGCAUCUCUACCUAUCAGCUCUCGAUAUUCGUAUUCUCAAGACGAAAUAUGGCGACUUCUCUGCAUUUCCAUCCACGUUGUUGCCUCGCGUCGAGCACAUUUCGACAGGCCAUGUUCUAGACGAGGUGCAGAGAAAGCGGGCCAAGUAUUUGGGUCAUCUUCCGUAUGGUUGCCGAAUCAGUUUUUUGGAAUGCGAUUGGACAGACAUUGUGUCGGCGGAUGUCCUCGAAAAGUUCGCUGAUGAGAUUGGCCGGCGGCGAAAACGGAAUCGUGACAAGGCCGUACAGGAAGAACGUGAGAGGCUUCAGUCCGAAAGGAUUGAGGCUGCCCAGUUCAAGAGUACCGCGGCUAUGCGACGAGAUUAUGGACCGGUCGAAGAGGAUCACGUUCCUGCGUUGAACUUGGAAGAGUUCCAGCCCCUAUCGAGCCACGCCAACGCUACGCCGCCCGAUCCACGACCGGGAUUCGAGCAUCUUGCAACCAUUUCUACAAGUCCAUCCACGCAGAAAACCGUUUGGGGCACUUCUGUCGUGCCUGGGUCCCCAGAGCUUGCCCCGGCUUCAAUGCGUCAACUUGACGACGGGUGGCUCAAGGAUGAAGACUUGUGGGGACCUCAAGAGCUUUCUUUCCAGAUGGAGGCUUUGGGUGUGACUGAGCCCGGUCCCUCUAGCAGUAGUGCCGCAUUUGGGGCCGGUAGUAGCAGCAACAAUGGCGGCGGUGGAUCAGGAGGAGCUGGUAAGGGAAAGAAGAAGAAGCAGAAGAUUACGCUGAUGAGCACCGGCGGGCGUAGGCAAGGAUGA